GCCGAUGCCGAUGGAAAGACUCCGAGUCGCACGCAAAGGAAGCCUUGCUAUCUCCUUUAGCAGCUGCACUUGAAUCAGUCUUUCGCCGUCACGCUCCUCUCUCCGUCCUUCCCUCACAUCCGCCCCAUGGCUUCUGCCAAGGUGGAUAAUCGUGGCUCGUUCGGAUCCAAGAGGUCCCGUAAUGAAGCUUCUCGGAGUGAGGGAGAUUGGACAUGCCCUCAAUGUGGUAACAUGAACUUCAGUUUCAGAACUGUAUGCAAUCGUGGAAAAUGUGGUGCUCCUCGACCGUCAGCCAGUCCAAGUCCAAGAAUAGGGCAAACACCUGUCCCUGGAACUUUUGAUCAUCCAGCACCUCUUUAUUAUGGAGCUGUUGGAGCACCACAACCCAUGCCACUUGGAAUGCCUGGUGGCUAUGGUGCUCCAAUUCCACAUGCUGCCAUGUGUUAUGACUAUGGGCAGCAAAGCAGUGCUUCUGGACCAUAUGGUCUUUUAUCUCCAUAUGGUGCACCAGGACCAAUGGGAGGCAUGGGUUACGGUCCUAGCCUUGGUAUUGCCCGGUAUGGAUAUGGGUACCAAGGAUCACCAGUACCGUCCAUUUGGGUUCCGAAGGUCCCUAGUCCUUGGUCUGGAGGAGCUCUACCUGAUAACAAUGCUUCACGAAAACGUCGUGGAGGGCCUGAUGGGUUGUCAGAAGGUGAUUGGAUCUGUCCUAAAUGUGACAAUGUUAACUUUGCCUUCAGAACCACUUGCAACAUGAAGAAAUGUGGAACUCCCAGACCUGCUUCUCAGGCAUCUAAUCGAGGUACGUCUGGUAACAAGGAUUACUCGGAUGCACCAGAAGGUAGCUGGACAUGUAAUAAAUGCAACAACCUUAACUAUCCAUUCCGAACCGUCUGCAACAGGAAAGGAUGUGGAAACGAGAAGCCUUCAACAACGGAAUAGGCAAUUAACCAGAUCCUGCUAUUAAUUGUUGUUUGAGAAUGAAAUGAGGACUGGAUUUUUGAUUUUGAUGAGAUAGUUACUGCGAAGACUGAGAUUGUUAUCCAUAUGAUGAUCAAAAGUUGCUUUUAUCGGUUUUGGACCAUUUUGUGGCUUAUACUGUAGUAAUUUUUGAAGUUAUUAUUGGUAUUUUUUGUUGUUUUGGUGGUGUCGUAUGAUGAAUAUGAUGCAUCUUCGCUAUGGUUA